GCCCUCCUCCUCCUCCUUCCUUGGGGAGGGGGGAAGAGUUUUAAAAAAAAAGAAAGAAAAAAAAAAAAGAAGGAGAAAGAGAAAAGAAAUCCCAAGUCGCGUCCCCGACGUCUCCGGGCCCCGCGGCCGCAGCGGCCUCCCCACAUUCCUGGCAUUCCUGGGCCGUGACUCCCCGCGCCGCUCCGGCCCCAGCCCGGCCCCGGCCCCGCCGCCUCCGGCUCGCCUGCCCGCCGGCCCCGCUCGCCCCCGCGGGACACCAGUCCCCUCCUCCCGCCCUGCCUCCCUCCUUCCCGCACCCCGCGGGCGGCAGCAGGAGCUCAGGGCUCCCCGGCCCUCCGCGCCGCCACCGGCGGCCGCAGCUCCGGCCGCCCCGCACAAGUUCCCCGCGGUGGCCGGGCCGGGGCGGCGGGAGCCGAUCUCGUCUCCCUCCCCAGCGCCCGCGUCGGGUCCCGUCGGCAGCCGCUGCCUUCCGGGCCGGGACAGCCGCCUCCCGCGGGAGGUACAAAGCCGGAGCCGCCGCUGCCCGUGCGGCCGCCCAGCAGGUAAGAAGCUGGAAAUUGGAAAGAGUCACUGUAGAACUGGAAAAAUGAAGAGUGAAUCAGAGCAAUGUUUUUUCCAAAGAAUCCCUUGAAGCUCGCCCUGGGAAUGGACAGCUAUUCCCAUUUCUGGAGGAGAGUGAUGCCAGUUGAAGAAGCCUUUGAGGCAAGUCAACAAGUGUGCUAAUAACUCUCAGAAGAGCACAGGGAAGGGGUGACCUUCCAGGCCAACAACCAUGCCUUUCGGGUUGAAACUGCGACGGACCAGACGCUACAACGUCUUGAGCAAGAACUGCUUUGUGACAAGGAUCCGUCUGCUGGACAGCAAUGUGAUCGAGUGCACCCUCUCCGUGGAGAGCACUGGGCAGGAGUGCUUGGAAGCUGUUGCUCAGAGGCUGGAAUUACGUGAGACUCACUACUUUGGCCUUUGGUUUCUCAGCAAGAACCAGCAAGAUCGCUGGGUGGAACUGGAAAAACCCCUGAAGAAGCAGCUGGACAAAUUUGCCAAUGAGCCCUUGCUUUUCUUUGGGGUAAUGUUCUAUGUGCCCAGUGUUUCCCGACUGCAGCAGGAGGUCACAAGAUACCAGUAUUACCUACAAGUGAAAAAGGAUGUUCUUGAUGGCCGAUUAAUUUCUUCAUUUGAGCAGGGAAUUCGACUGGCUGGCUUGGCAGUGCAAGCGGAUUUUGGAGACUAUAAUCAGUUUGAAUCUCAUGACUUCCUCCGAGAAUAUGUGUUGUUUCCUAUGGAUUGGGCCCAGGAUGAAGCUGCCUUGGAGGAACUGACUCAAAAGGUUGCUCAGGAGCACCGAACUCACAGUGGCAUUACAGCAGCAGAGGCUGAGUUAAUGUACAUCAAUGAAGUGGAACGUCUGGAUGGGUUUGGACAGGAAAUUUUUCCUGUGAAGGAUAACCAUGGAAAUGACAUACACCUUGGUAUUUUCUUCAUGGGAAUCUUCAUAAAAAACAGAAAUGGCAGGACAACUGUGAUUUAUAGGUGGAAUGACAUUGGGAAUAUAACACAUAACAAGUCUUCGAUUGUUCUAGAGUUGAUCAACGAAGAGAAUGUACUCUUUCACACAGACGAUCUUGAAAAUGCCAAAUAUAUUUCACGUCUGUUUGCGUCAAGACACAAGUUUUACAAACAGAACAAAAUCUGCACAGAACAAUCAAAUUCUCCUCCCCCUAUCCGACGACGGCCCACCUGGAGUAGGUCCUCUUUGCCAAGACAACAUCCUUUUAUACUGCCUCCUAUGCAUGUCCAGUGUGGAGAACACUACACUGAAACACAUAAUUCACAAGAUAGCAUUUUCCAUGGAAAUGAAGAAACUUUCUACUGUAGGUCUCAGACCAGUUUGGAUAGGUGUCCAAUGGACUUCAGCUACUUGAAUGGUAAUGGACCCAAUGGGAGCGUAUGCAGUGCCCACAGCAUGAACUCCCUCAAUCGCUCACAGAACUUCAUCCAGGCGUCUCCAAUGUCCUCAAAUCUGAGCAUCCCUGGAAGCGACAUCAUGAGAGCAGACUAUAUCCCCAGCCACAGACAUAGUGCAAUCAUAGUACCAUCUUACCGGCCAACUCCAGAUUAUGAAACUGUCAUGAGGCAAAAGAAGAGGGGGGUGAUCCAGAUGGAUAGCCAAAGUCAGUCUUUGAGGAAUCUCAAUAUUGGAAACACACAUGCUUAUAACCAGCCGGAAGACCUAGUUUACAGUCAGCCUGAGAUUCGAGAGAGACAUCCUUACACAAUUACAUACGGUCCCCAGGGUGGUGGCUAUAACAAGCCUGUUGCCCCAUCUGAACAAAUGAACCCUAAUAAUGCUGCUCAAAAUAAGACAGCAGCCAGUGCCAUAUCCCACACUGUCAGCACCCCAGAACUGGCCAACAUGCAGCUGCAGAGCAGCCAGAGUUAUAACACCGCUCACAUGUUAAAGAACUAUCUCUUCAGACCCCCACCUCCUUACCCGCGCCCACGUCCUGCCACGAGCACACCAGACCUGGCAAGCCACCGGCACAAGUAUGUCAGUGGGAGCAGUCCUGACCUGGUCACUCGUAAAGUCCAGCUCUCAGUAAAAACCUUCCAAGAGGACAGCUCGCCGGUCGUCCGCCAGUCACUGCAGGAGGUCAGCGAGCCCCUCAUGGCAGUGAAGCACCAUGCGGCGGUGAACAAGCGCCACAGUUUGGAGGUCAUCAGCAACAUGGUGCGUGGUAUAGAAGCCAUGGCGUUAAAAACUUUGAACGCCCCCCUGCCACGCAGGAACACUUUGCGGGAGCAGGUGCAGCCGGAAGAAUCGGUUCAGAUGGGGCACGAAGUUCAGCAAGUUCCUCAUUAUCAUCACAAAAAGACGUUUUCUGAUGCCACGAUGCUGAUACACAGCAGUGAAAGUGAAGACGAAGAAGAAACCCAAGAAUCUGUGUCACGGAUAACAGCCCUCCAUGAGAACAUGGAGUACAGUGCCCAGCUGCAAGCUGCCUUGGCUAGAAUACCAAAUAAACCUCCUCCAGAGUAUCCUGGGCCUCGUAAAAGUGUCAGCAAUGGAGCCCUGAGGCAGGACCACGUUAGCAUUUCUGUGGCUGUAGCCAGGGCCAAGGCCAUGAGGCCGGGGCCUUCCAAAGCCAUCAGUGUGUCUCGAACUGAUCAAGUGGCAAUAAAUGGGUCGUCGCUUGGGCCCUCUAUCUCAGAGCCAGACCUCACCAGUGUGAAGGAGCGGGUCAAGAAAGAACCAGUCAAGGAAAGGCCUGUGUCUGAAAUGUUUUCAAUUGAGGACAGCAUUAUAGAAAGAGAAAUCAUGAUGAGGAAUCUAGAAAAGCAGAAGAUGGCAGGCCUGGAGGCCCAGAAGAGGCCCUUGAUGUUGGCAGCACUGAACGGACUCUCAGUUGCUAGGGUUCCAGUGCCGGAGGACAGCCAGGAUGAAGUCGCCAAGGUGCCAAUGGAUGAGAGGUGCAAAAUCUUGAGAAGGAAGUUGGAAGAGGGCAUGGUGUUUACAGAAUAUGAGCAGAUUCCAAAGAAAAAGGCGGAUGGGAUCUUCACCACUGCUGCCUUGCCUGAAAACACUGAGCGCAAUCGCAUCAGGGAGGUUAUUCCUUACGAGGAAAACCGAGUGGAGCUGGUGCCGACCAAAGAAAAUAAUACAGGCUACAUCAAUGCUUCACACAUAAAGGUUACUGUAGGUGGAGAGGAAUGGCACUACAUUGCUACCCAAGGACCUCUGCCACACACAUGCCAUGACUUCUGGCAGAUGGUGUGGGAACAGGGAGUGAAUGUUAUAGCCAUGGUCACAGCUGAAGAGGAGGCAGGAAGAAGUAAGAGCCAUCGUUAUUGGCCUAAACUGGGCUCUAAGCACAGCUCAGCCACUUAUGGGAAGUUCAAGGUGACAACAAAGUUCCGCACAGACUCUGGCUGCUUUGCAACUACUGGUCUGAAGGUCAAGCAUCUUCUCUCUGGACAAGAGAGGACAGUGUGGCAUUUGCAGUACACCGACUGGCCAGACCAUGGAUGUCCAGAAGAAGUCCAAGGCUUUUUAUCUUACUUGGAGGAGAUACAGUCGGUGCGUCGCCACACCAACAGCGUGCUGGACAGCAGCAACACCUGCAACCCUCCCAUCGUGGUUCACUGCAGCGCAGGGGUAGGAAGGACUGGAGUAGUUAUCCUAACAGAACUGAUGAUUGGGUGCUUGGAGCAUAAUGAAAAAAUGGACGUUCCUGUGAUGCUGAGACACCUGCGGGAGCAGAGAGUGUUUAUGAUCCAGACCAUAGCCCAAUACAAAUUUGUUUAUCAAGUGCUCAUACAAUUCCUGCAAAACUCUAGACUUAUUUGAUCUUUUUAAACAUCCCAGACCCAGCUUUGCGGAUCUGACUGAACCUUACUGGUGAACAAGGAGAACUGCCUUGACAACACUGUGUGCAUAUAUUGCACUUUUUAAAGUUGUCUUGAACGUAAGGAAUGAUUGUUCUUUACUAGUCUCCUGUGUAUUAUUUUAUACAAGAUAUAAUUUAUUUUUCUUGGAAUAACUUUUGAAUUACUUCAAUAACUCGUAAAUCUUAUAGUGACCUUCAAAGUGAACCACAUUUGACAUGACUGGUCUGCAUUGUAACAUGUCCAUAAAGGAGAGCAAUCCUUUGUAAAGGUAGUUUACUAGCUUUUAUUUUGCUGCACAGCUUCUGAAAUGAACAGGUAUUUGGCAGUGGGCUUUUUCUCACGUGAGGACGUUCUGGAUGCAGGUAUGUGGCUUCCGUGGUAAAAACAAGACCUGCUAGAUGUCAGCUACAGCUCUGUAUGAGUGGAAGUUGAGGGUACACAGCAUGGAGAUUUAAUUUCUGCAUGUGCAUCUGGGCACGUUACAGAGGGCUCAAACACAGGACAUUGUGAGGACAGAGAGUUUUGGGUGCUAAACUGUUCAAAUUCCGCAAGAAUUACGGCUUUAGAUUUAGUCCUUGAAAAAAUCAACACUGGAUCUUUUAAACGAGGCCUUUGCUGCUGUGUGCAGCCCUUGAAGGGAUUCUAAGAAGCAAUGUAGGGUGAGUGCAGUGACCCACAACAGGCUGAAGUCAAUGAGUGAGGUUUUUCAGUAAUUGUGGUGGACUGAGAGUUGAACAGCAUAGGAUUUUCAACCAAAUGCAUCCGAAAAAAACCAAACAAGCACAUUCUCAUGGAUUACACUGAAAGUAUUAUUGCCUUGAGGUUCACCUCCUGUAGAAAAGGAAUCUCAUUUAAAUUAGGCACCUCUGGUUCCCUUAGUUUUCAUGUGUGAACUAUCUUCUAAUGGCUAGAGAAGGGAUCAGGCUGGAGAGGAGCCUGGGAUGUCUCUGGUCCCAGCCCUGUUCACCUUACUGCUAACUUUAAACUUGGAUAGGCUUGCCCAGGGUCACACUCAGUUUCAGAAUUCUCAAGGGUGAAGAUUUCACAGCCUCUCAGGGCAUGUGAUGCAAUGCAGUUACUCUGUCAUGGUGAAAUUACCUUUCCUGGUAUCCCUUUCCCAGAUACUUUUUAAUAUUUUGGCCCUAUUGUUGCUUUUCUGUUGCAUUCCCACCUCCAAACCCUGAUCAGUGUACAAGAUCUAAGCCUACAAGCACUCUUAAUUUCAGCACUACAGGGACUAAAAUCAGUGUGAGCUUAAGCUCAGGUUCUGUACUAGAAUGUUUCUUAAAUUGCUUAGCACUGCACUCUGUUGGUUUGGGUCUCUGCAAUGCAGGCCUAACGAGGUGACAAAGAUUCCAGUGAAGAUUUCUACCUACCAAUAAAUGGAGAUGAGUUAUUUUUCUGUAAUACCUUGACCAUGUUCUUUUUAGGAAUCAGUUGCGUUUUUAGUCAACUUCAGUUUUCCUCUAAUUUCUUCUGCCAGUGCCAACAUAUCUCUUGUUAAAUUAGCAGCAACCAUUUAAAGUCUUUUCAGCAGCAUCUGCAUGAUAAUUGCACAGAGAUGCUUUAUAUCUGGGAAAAAAGCCAAGGAAUAAACCUUGAAGCAAAGUGUAUUAAAUUAGUUAUCUCGUUAUAACUUUUUGAAUAAUUUCCUAAUGAUGAAUUAAGUUUGAACUCAGAGCUGUCAAGUCCCAUUGCUCCAUUUGGACAUGAGAAGUAGAAAAUCAGGAGGGAAAAGAAUCUGUUCCUUUGUCUUAUUAUUCAGCUGCUCUUGGCUGAAAUGUGUACUUCUGCUUCUACAGUGAGCACAGGAAAGUUACUGCAUAAGAGAGUAAGAAGAGCUGCGUAUGAAGGGAAGAAUAUUAAGCAAAUGUUUUUUAUGCAAAGAUGCAUCAUAGGUGUCUUAGAAAAAUAUUAAUUAGAAAAAGGCACCAAAAAUCCUUUCCAAAUGAAUUCAGUGCCUAUUAAUGAGCCAAAUAAAUGGCCAUGUAGUAAACAGUCAUUUCCAAUUAACUCCUAAUGUGGCUGGUACGGUAGAUAGAAUUCCAUGUGACUCACUUUUUCCCUUUCGUUGUCAAAGAAUGGUAAUUUUAAACUUUUCCUUUCAUCUGACUUCAAUGUAUUUUUCCCUGCUAGAUUUUAUCUUGACUAGAUCUGCUAAUAUCAUAAGUGAAUUGGGCUGGUGCUUGCCUUCAGAGGUUCCUUUCCACCCCAGCUUCCAAAUGACCCUCAGCAUGUUGAUGUUUUAUGGUUGAAAUGUGAUACAGUUCUGUAAGGGAAAAACUGAACCUUCUGACUUUGAACCUGUUGUAGUUUUAUCAGGCCAAAAUUGCCUGGGCGGUAUUUCCUAACCUUUAGGGAGUGACAGGAAAAUGCAUUCUGCAUCCAAUUUUGUUAGUCAUAGCAGGAACGAACACAUGAGACUUAAAGCAACAGUGCUGUUUAGUUUCUGUCUCACAGACUUUAAACACCACAGUCCUUAAGGAGAAAAGGACAAUCUGGAGUUGCUGUAUGUUGUGUUGCAUGUUUUUUUAACAUCAAAGCAUGACAUGGGUUUGAGAACAAUUUCAUCUAUUUGGAGUAAAGUCUGGACUGAAAAUCUCACAGAUGCUUCAAUGAAUGGAACUGCACCUAAGAAGUUUGACAUAAGCAGCCUUCUCCCAGGGCACCCACAAUGCAGUCUGGCACAUUUAACCUAUGUUCCCUCAUGCUUUCUGAGAGAGAAUUUGCAGUGGAUGAUGUCUGGCUUGGGAAUCCAUUGUGUCUGUUUUCCUUUUUAUCCACUCUUCAUGCGUAUUUAACACUCUUUGCUUUUUUUCUUUAAAUUGUUACCAGUGAUAGUAUUGAGGUGCUGGCAUCAAAUUUUCGGUUAAGGUCUAACAUUUCAUGCCUACCAUUCCUCAAUCAAUCAGGGAUGGGAGAGAUGACAGCUGAGUUUGGACACUGCUCAGUGCUGUGGGUAUCCUGUUUCUGUCCUUCAUCAGAUACACUGGAAGAUGGUGGACAUUAACUGCUCAGGUCCUACUUGUUCCAGAUCCUACUAAGGCCUGUUUUGGCACCUCUUGUCCUUGACUACCUGAGAAAAGAUGAAGCUUGUUCCCACAAACAGUUUCUUUUCUAGUUAUACAGGGACCCUAAAUGCCCAACCUCAUCAAAAAUACCUUUUCCCUAAAUGCAUUUCAUCUGGCAGGGGACACAUCUGUGAGAACUUAUUCAACCUGUUGCUAACACAGUCCUUGAAAUUUACUGAAGGACAUUUCUGUUUCACUUAUGUAAAUCAGCUGCCUCAGCUACUAAUAUUAUUAAAUAUUUGCAUGAUUUCAAAAGUUGGGUUUUUUUCUUUUUAAAUUACUUCCAUGUAAACAAACAGAAAUGCAAAUGGCAAAACACAGACUUACUCAUUCUCUUCCAACUUAAAUGCUUCAAUAGGUAUGCUCAUUGUAAGCCAUUAUUUUUUGAUCCUACUUUGUCUGUGUAGUCCACAGCAACUCUGAAAUAAAUGCUGAUGGAAAUCUUGGAUAUAGUAAAAAUCUAUAGGAAAAAUUCAGCAGCUACUGAUGAUGCUGCAUUCUCAACAGCUGACUUCCCCCUGGUCUCCUGGGAGGAGAUGAUGACUGAAUUAGCUGUUGUCAGCCUUGCUAACAGUUUGUGAUCUGCAGCUCUUAUGCAUCACUGAGGGAGGUCUGACUCAAAUCUUGCUGCUUGUCUUUGUGGGGAAAAAAACCCGCUAGGGCAGCACCUACUGCAGGAAAUAAAGGCUGCAUGAUUUUGCAGGAACAAAUACCUGAACUGACUGUGAAAGGAGGGACUGCCUGAAAACAGCAUUUGACCACUCUUCUACAAAAAUGAAUAUAAAUCUGCUGAUGCAUAUUUCAAGUCAUAAGGAGUUUGGGGAUGGGUUUUUAUGCCAGUAAGAGAGAGGCUGCAAGUCCAGAGCCCCAAAGGCAAUUGUCCUCAGCUUGCUCUUAGCCUUCUAGAGAGGUCUGGUGCUAUGGGAACUACAGAUGCCAUCUAAGUCUUUAGAGAGGAGGACAUUAUACCUGCAGCUGUUUGCAGGGAUUGUGAUUUGAGGAAGGGAACAACUGGCUGCUUGGGCUGUGGGGUAAAUAAGAGAAGAUGGAGGUAUUAAACAUAAACAAACUAUUGUUAGAUUGUGAAACAAAACAUUGCAGAGGUCAAAAAUAGCAGUGUUUAUAUAAAUAUUUAAAGUAAAUAGAUGUCAGUGUUUUUAAAGUAUCUUAGAUUACAGUUCCAUUGGUUCCUCUGAGCCAUUUUUUGGUUGGCAUUUCUUUGAAGUUUUGUUGCCUCUGCUUUAUGUGCACCCUCAUUGAGUUUCCCACGUGUACACCAGCAUGACUUUGCCUUUGGAAAGUGAACUGGAAAUCGUGAUAAAUAGCAGCUUCCACUGGAGAAUCCCAGCACUACUGAACAGCAAGGGAAGGACUAAUACUUGAGCUGAUCCCUGUGAUCCCUGAAAUGAGUGCUUAACAGUUUUACUCUUCCAAAUCACCUGAGUAAGGACUCAGUGGUUGGACACUCAGCUCCAGGUGUUUCAGGGGUAGUGUCCCCUGAUUAUGCAGGCAGGCAUAAAAGAGGAAGGCUUUCCACAAACUAUUUCCAUGUAGGUUGGAGGGCACACCCUGACUUAGACAGGGGCUGGUAGUAGACACUUAAGAAGAAAUAUGAACAUGUUUAGAAAAGGGUGCUCAGCCCCUCUAGUGCACCUGGUAGCCAGUCCUUGAGGGGCUUCCUGAGGCCAAAGUUGUAUUCCAUUCACUGUGUUUAGUAACUACUGAUAGAUCCAUCUUCCAUAAAUCACCUUACCUUUUCCUUAGAAGCCAUUUAUUCCUCUGGCUUUCACAAUGUCCUGUGUUGGUGAGUUCCACAGCUCAAUUAUAGAUGUAAUAUAUAAGAACUUCUUUUUUGUGUAUGUUAAAUAAAAGUAUUUUCUUGCUUCUACUUGGUCUUUAGAAGAAAGCAAAUCUUUAGUGCCAGAAACACUGUUAUAGGAUGUUUAUCCUGUUGCAAUUGCUCCACAUGGAAAACACGUUUUCCUCACUAGUAAAGUACCCUUCUUUGAUCAUUUUACAAAGGAAAAAAGUUUACACAUGCAGAUGACUGUAAUAUUCCCAUAUGUAAUUGUGUGGAACAUGUUACAUGAACUAACGUGUUUAAGUUUUAUGUCACUGGAUUUUACUGUCCUGUUUUACUUCAGUAUUUUGAUGCUUCCUGUUUUAUUUGUUCUGUAAUUCUGUUCAUGACAGUUUAGCACAAAACAUCGAUCUGGAUCUCACCACCUCAUUGUAUGUACACAUUUUGUAGAGAAAUGAGACAUCAGUUAUAUGCCCUCCCUGCUCCCUCCUGUUCGGGCUGAAUGGCAGAGCUAUUCUAUGCUAUUGAAAGCCUUUAAAAAAAUCUAUGCAUGCUAUUUUUUAAUAUUCUAAUGUAUUAUUCAUAUCAGUACAUAAGCUUAUGCUUGUCAGUUUUA